CAAUCGCAAUGAAAACCUGGAAUAACCUCUUCCUUCAUUAAAAAUAAACGUGCUUGUGACAAUUUUUGUUUAUAUUUGUAAAAGACAUGUCAAGAUGACAACAUUCGAAGACUUAGAGUUAAGCCCAUGGAUCUCGCGACAGCUGAACGCCGUCGGUAUAAAAUCGCCAACUCCGAUCCAGAAGGAGUGCAUCCCGCACGUCCUCCGAGGCGAGGACGUGAUCGGCGUGGCGAAGACGGGGAGCGGUAAGACGCUCGCUUUCGCCCUGCCCAUCCUGCAGACGCUGGCCGAGGAUCCGUACGGGAUUUACGCGGUCGUCAUGACUCCGACGAGGGAGCUCGCCUUUCAGAUCAGAGACUCAUUCUUGGCCAUCGGCAAGUGCAUUAAACUGCGGCUGGUUGUCGUCGUCGGUGGUAUGAUGAUGAUGGAGCAGAGCCAGGAGCUGGCCCGUAAGCCGCACAUUGCCAUCGCCACUCCUGGGCGGCUUUUCGACCACCUAAAUAGCUGCGACACUUUCCACUUUAAAAAAAUGAAGUACCUCGUUUUGGACGAGGCUGACAAACUACUCGGAGGUCAAUUUGAUGAAGAAAUGCUUGGAAUAUUUGCUGCUCUACCUGAAAGGAGGCAGACACUUAUGUUCAGUGCAACUAUGACAGAUACGAUUGACAAAGUGAAAGCAAUUUCAAAGAAAGAAAUGUUUAUGUGGAUUGAGCCAGCAACUGUGAAAACUGUUGACCAGUUGAAACAGUAUUACGUUCUUUGUCCACAGUACGUUCGGGAUGGUUAUCUUGUCGAAACUUUGAGGAGGUACCUUGCAAAGCACGGUGAAGUGUCCAUGAUUAUUUUCACCGACACUUGUCGUAAUUGCCAGCUGUUGUCCAUGGUCCUCCGUAUCAUCGGGUUUGAAAAUGUCUCAAUCCAUAAAAUGUUAGGGCAAAAGGAUCGUCUGAGAGCGUUAUCAAAAUUUAAAUCUAACCAGGUGCCGAUUCUUGUCGCAACCGAUGUCGCUUCAAGAGGGCUCGACAUCCCAAUUGUUGAAUUGGUUAUUAACUACACACUUCCAAAUACGUCAAAAGACUAUAUCCAUCGUGUCGGAAGAACAGCCAGGGCUGGAAGAUCUGGGGUCGCCAUUACUGUGCUGACUCCUAACGAUAUCAAACUUCUUCAGGAAAUUGAAACGGAAAUCAACAUCAAACUGGAAGAGUAUAAAAUUGACAGUAAAGAAGUUGCAAAGAUAUUUACACAAAUAUCCGUCACAAAAAGAGAAUGUGAAAUAAGACUCGAUCAGUCAGAUUUUUAUGAAAGAAAAGCCAUAAAUAAAAGGAAACAAAUGAUAAUGGAUGGAAAAGAUCCAGAGAUACAGGACAACAUUUUGAAAAAGUUAAGGGAAACGAAAUUGAAAAAGAGGAAAACAAAACCAAAUGUUCAAACUGCAAGUGUAUAAUAAUGUAAUAUAUGUAUGGUAGAACAUGUACUGCA